AUGAUAGCUGUUGAUCUCUCCUUCACUGGGGAGGAACCUCGCUUUGAGGCUGUUGAUGAGACAGGUGUGUACCCCAUCACUGAGGGGUAUGCAGCAAAGUGUGGCUACAUCAUUAGUGUUGUCCCUCUACAGGGCCAUGUGGAGCUCCGAGCGUCUUAUCUCAGCUGUCACACUGACAACAAAGAUGACGAGGUGUUCACCUUCAGGUUUAACCUUAUUGUAACACAAGGAAAUGAGGUUACGUAUGCCUUGAACAAGACCUGUUCUCCCACUCUCCCCUGGUCCCCCAGAGAGGUCACCUGUGAGGCCAACUACAUGGAAGUGUCUGUGAGGAGUGAAGUCACCUGUACAUCUGGGACAAAGAUGGAUGACUGGAAUGCCCUCAAACCUGCACAUAGUUCCACCACUUCGGACUGGCAGGUGAUGUUUCAGAGAGCGGCGGAGCAGUUGCCGCCCAUGAACCUCUCUGAAGCUCGUAAGCAAGGUUAUGUGUUUCACUUGACAGAUGGAAGGCUUGUGUUUCGUACACCAUAUGGACAACCUGACUCAUUCAGCACUGAGGUGAAUGGUGUUCCAGUAGAGGUGGUCCAUGCAACUGUGUUCUCCAGACAAGGCUGGGUUGUCCUCAUGGUGGACCUGGUGGCUGCCUGCUCCAUGUAUGAAGCAUCAUAUGAUGACAGCGGCUACAUGGUGUGGGAGACUCCAGAGGUGCUGUACCCAGGUCUUGACAGCUCACAGAUCAAUAUUGGACUUGAUGGGGAACUUGUGGAGCAGCCAGUUGCAGAGGAGAGAGGCUACAUUGUGGAGAAGCACAACACCACAGUCCAGAUCAGCAUCCCCUACAACGCUGAUGGUGGAUACAGGAAGAGCUUUGUGUCUGGGGAUCUCUACGAGUUUUAUGUCUUUCAUCUCUACUUGGAGCAAAUCCUGGUGGACGAGGAUCAUGUUGAGACCAGGAUCCGAUUCCACAGGACGCUGGCCACUCCCCUUCUGCCACGCCCUGUUUUCACUGAAAACCGAACAGUUCUUGAGGAACACAUGUUCACUGUCUACCUUGGUGACAUCCCUGAAGACGUUCAGUUGACUGUUGUUCAUUUGAAUGAACAUGAAUGUACAGUGCCCUUUCCAAAUGCAAGCAGCCACACAAUCACAAAAGUUGCUCAUCCCAACAACACUCAUGGCUACACUCUGAAGGUGCCUUUUGACGACCCUGUUGUCAUACAGCAGUUCUCUAAAGAAGAUGCACUUCUUCAGUAUAGGCUGGAAAUCAACUACACACUUACUGUUUUGCCUGAAAACAAGUCUUAUUACCACCUAGCAUCUAUUGGGGCAUUGUUCACAGAUGUCUCUCCUCCAACCUUUGAUGCCGUUUGUUCUGAGUCUGGGAUCAGCUUCAAACUGGACCACCGCCCUUUCGAUUACCUGUGGGAGAUCGGGAUCGGCUCAGACCCGCUGACAUCAGAGCUGGCAGCCCAGCACGGCUACAUCAUGAGCAAUGACAGCCAGAGUCUGCUGCUCGAUGUGCCGCUCUUCACUGAUGGCUACGAGUACAAGGAUGUUACUUUGAAGGGAUUCUUGGGCACUUUUGAGAUCCUUGUGCGGGAUCGUGAAACAUCACAGGUCCAGAGCUCCACUGUGAAGACUUGUCCAUUCACUACUACUGAACUCAUUAUGUGUUCAACUGACGGGAGGAUGACGGUGGUGGCGGACUUGUCUCUGGUCAUCCCAAGUGGAGGACUUCCUGCUAGAACCAACCUGAGAGACAAAUACUGUGGACCCAAAGAGGCAGACGGCACCAGAGCUCUCUUCUCUUUUCCACUCAACAGCUGUGGAUCCACAGUCAUGCUUGGCAAGGAAAAUGUGACGUAUCACAAUGAGAUUUUCUACAGCAAGAAGUACCUCAGUAUGAACAAGGGAGUUUUUAAUGAUGCUACUGAGAGGGUGACAGUACAGUGUACGUAUCCUCUGGCUGGUCUCUAUCGCCUUUUCUCAGUGUACAGGUUUGAGUCUGACUCAGCUGGUUUCGGCAGCAUCAUCCACACCACAGCAGGUCUGCAGAGUCCCACCAUCAAGCCCACUGCAGCACUUCAAACCAGACCUACUACUAAAAGACCAGCUGGAAUGGUUGCAUUCCUACCUGCCGUACACCCACCCGCUCGCUACAUUAAAGUUUCUCGGGUUCCUAAUCUCUUCAGUGGCAUUAGAAAAGGUGUGAAUUUGACCGAAAAGUCAACCAUGAGCUACAAAGAAGGACACUGUGUCCAUCAUUUUCAGGGGUCCAGGCAGCCAACCCUCCCUCCCAUCUCCAACAGGACCCUGCACCACCCCUCUUUCCUGCCUCUGUACAUGGCUGCAGACUUUGCGCACCGUCACACGGGCUGCUACAACCAGCCAGUCCAUGCCAUCAUCCCCGCAGAGCUUUUCUACUCUGAUCCCAGCAUGAGCCGAGGGAGGAGGAUCCACAACAUGGGCAGUGAGUUGAUGGUCAUCGAUUGCUUUCAGCUCGACACUCCACCACCAGUUAUGUCCGCCUGCGUGGCCCCACCAGCCCGUCCAGAUCCAUUCAGAACUGGACCACACCCCAUGAUGGAUCUGGGCAGCCUCACCUUUGAAAUAAAUACCCUCCAGCCUCCAGUUUGGGCAAGCCGGGCCGUCCUCCAGCUUACCCAGGAGGAGGACCAGGCCAUUACCAACCUCCUGAAACUGCACCACCAAGACCCUAUACAGAGUGAUAUGACUGUUACUGCUCCACAACUGGACUUGAACCCCAUCGCGUUGCUUAGUCACUCAGAACCUACGGACUCUACCUCUGGUGACGAUGUGUACAAGCCCCUCUGUAGUGAUGUGCAGCAUCCAAGACAGGCCAGUUUGCAAACUCAGUUGCAGCAGGGAAGAUGCUGGCCAGAUACGGAGAUUGAGGCAGCUAACACCCUAUUGAGCCUGAUGGAGAUGGACCAAAUCUGGGACCAAAACCACAAUAAAUCAGGAGCAACACUUCCUGAUACUCUGCCACACCAGCAUCAAGGAUCUGAGACUCUGCCUUCAGCAGUAACUACUGACUGUACCCAAAACUCAAAAGACGUCAGCUUUAGCUGUGUCUGGGAAUCUGGAGAGCCAGGCUGGGGGGAUUUUGUAUUUGCAGAGGGAAGGAAAGUUGAUAACGUUCACCUGCCAGUUCGUGAGCAGGAUUUGGCGUCAUGUUUACCUCUGAGGCUGCCUUCAUUGUUCCCAGACUCGGAGGCAAAGAGCAGAUCCAGUGUCUCUGGAUAUUUUACAGAGGUGAAGGAACAGACACUCUCUGACUCCGAGGGAGACGCUUUGCAUGUCCUCCUGAGCCUCGGAGACAUGGGAGUGUUGGAUAUCAUGCAGUGA